GCUUUCAGAGCAAAUUCGUGUACAUCCACAAAUAAACAAUCUUUUGAGUACUUUUCAUAAACGAAUUGCGGAUGAUUUUGCAUGUUUAAAAAACAAUUCACAAAUUGCGGGUACUACAUCUAACGUUUAUUUUUUGAAUCACCAGAACUAUGAUGAAGUUCCUGAUAGUAUUUCAAAAAAUGUUAUAAAUACCAUUGAAGCUGAAUUUGUCACAAAAUUUGCCUUCUACCUUCACCAGCAAGAUGCCGAUUUUGACCCUGGAAAUAUAACCAUCCUCACUCCGUUUACUGCUCAAAAGGAAUUAAUUAAAAGUUUAUUAGCACCUGAACUUAUAAAAGAGAAAACUGUAAAAAUUAGUGAAAUAAUAACAAAGGAAGUGGGAAUGCACAAUUAUGAACCUGAGUUUGCUCAAAAAAUAAUUGUCACUGAAAAGAAAUUAGGAAGUGUUAAUGUUCAAUUGAUUAGUGAUUAUCGCUAUGAAGAAAACAAGAUAGUCAUUCUUUCUCUUGUCGCUGUUCCGCAACGAUGGCAAAAAGAAGCAUUAACGAUAUUGAGCACAAAAGACCUUGUAUAUACAGCCUUGUCUAGAGCAACUAGAGGUUUAUACAUUUUUGGAGAUGGUGAUCUACUAAAAAAUAUUCCACCAUGGACCGACAUCAUUAAAAAAACUAUUAAUGAAAUAAAUGUUAUGCUGAAAUGUGGACAUAACGUAAAAGUACCUUGUCAUGAGCGACUUAAUGUGGAUGAGUAUAGAUGCAAAAGGCCUAAGGAUGUCGAAAUCCCAACAUGCGGACAUGUUGUUCGAGUUGAUUGUUUUGUAACGAAUCCGGAGUGCACAAAGCGUUGUGGUUACUUAUUAUCCUGUGGUCAUAAAUGCGAAGGAAGCAAAUUUAUAAAGGAGGCAGUCCGUAUGUGGAAUGUUGUUAAAUCACAAAAAAAACAAAAUGAGCUUACAGAAGAAGAAAAGGAACAAAUUAUUCAGGCGAUGGAUAAUGAGAUUCAGGAACUUUAUGGAGAUGGGGAUAAUGUUACGGGUCAUUGGUUCUGUUGUCCCAAUGGUCAUCCUUAUUAUAUCGCUACUCAACGUUCAGUUUGCAACGAUUGUGGUGCAAUAAUUGGUGGUACAGGGCAUAUAGUUGUUCCUUCGAAUUCUUUCUAUGGAGAGUUUGAUGGAAGUGCCGCACCAGCGUAUCCUGGACAACCAGCAAGGCAACCAAAUCGAGAGAUC